AUGCCUGUUCCCCACUACGGCGUCUGGGCUUGCCGCCCAACUAGAUAUAAUGCCGAGGGACACGGAGUACACACCCCGCAUAUCGAGCUCUUUUUCACCGAUGAUAGCUCGUCGAAGGAGCGGCGGGCUGCUAUCAACGUCAAAUCGAACGGUAAAGAUUCUCGCCUCGUGUUUUGGGUUUCACGCGACUUCUCCCAUCCCAUCACCAAACAACUCUCGGAGUUGGACCAAGGCUUUCACCUAGUCCAGGAUUCUAAUAGUGACGAAAACCGAAAUCACCGCCAUUACCGUUAUAGCCACUAUCAUUCACAAGACCCCGAUUUAGAGGGUCUCGACUUUUUUCGCACGAAGGACCUUGUGGAUAUUAAAUCUGGACAAGUCCUGUGGCAUGACAUCCCAGGCCCUGACAAUGAUAUCUUGGACAAGCUGAGGCCAAUCCUCGAUGAUGCUAUCGACAACGCUGAAAGUUCUACCGACAACUCUGCAACUACUUUUAUCUUUGGGGCCUCCUUCGGAUCGGGUAUCCAUAAUAUUCAUAUGAACCAGGGCAGUCUUCCUAAGUAUGACAAUGGUGUCUACUCGGACGGAGCCCUGCUGUUCAAAUUCGACGAUGGGCACUGGGAAGCAGUGUUUCUGGCCUUUGCUUCGCAGAAGCUCCCAACAAACGGGGAAGGAGAGCCAGAGCCAGGCAGUAAGACCUUGGCGGAGAUACUUAAGUAG